UGUGCAUCAGAUGCUUCUCUAAUGAACUUACUGGAAACUGCGGAAUGUAGAAUUUUCACACAUUACAGCAUUAUGAUGUCAUAGUAAUCUGAAAGCUGUUAAGUUGCUGCUCUGACUGCUAUCUGGUACAAUUGUUGUCAGAUACACUAGAACAGAUCUUUUGUGGAUAUUUAACCCAACCAUUCGCUUUGCAGCUCCGAAGAGACUCUUGGUAGACAUUUCACAGCACAUUGGCAGUAUUCUGCAGCAGUGUUUUAGAAUGGCACUGUUUCGCAGUCUGUUUAAAUGGAUUCAAUGUUAUGUUCACUGCAUACCCAAAAGGAGAACAAAAAAGGAGGUGCAGAGGUGGACAGUACCAGAAUGGGCCCCAAUGGAAGGGGUGAGUAGACCCUUUGAUGUUGGCAAUAUUGGCCAGAUAAAGAAAAAUACGAAAGAAGGUCAAAAGGAUGAGAUGAUGAUGAAGGGAUGGAGUGAGAAUGAGGAAAUCAGGCAGGCUGAAGAAAAAAGAAAGAUUAUGGUAACAGGAAGUGAACAUGAGACCAACAGAGAGGAUAAAGAGAAGAGAAACAAAAAAAUGAAGGAAGAGGAGACCAAAGACCCAACUCCAUUACGUAUUGAGGUCAAACCACAACCAACUCCACCAGCCACUGAGAUCAAAACCCUGGCUGGUUCUCCCUUCAUAAAGUCAUCAGUGGAAGAACCAUUGGUGGCUAAAAGGGUCCCUCGACACCUGCCUCCACUGGCCACUGAGACCAGAUCUCUAUCAUCAAGGGAAGAGCCAUUGCUGGUUCAGAGGGUAUCUCAACACCCAGCUUUACCAGCCAUUGAGGUUAAACACCUGCCUGGCUCUUCCUUCAUAAAAUCAUCAGUGGAAGAACCUCCUUUAUCAAUGGCAGAACUUCCAGUUCAAAGUGCUUCUCAAUACCCAUCUCCACAACCACAAGCCAUUGAGAGCAGACCACUGCAAUCAGUUGAUACACCACUGAUGGUUCAAGAAGUCUCCAGGCAUUUUGCUCCAAAAGCUACUGAGACCAAACCUCUGCGUCGUUCUUUUGUGGUGGACCCUGAGAUGGUUCCAAAGACAUCUAGACACCAGGCUCAACCAGCCACAGAAUCAUGGGCGGUUCCACAGAAGCUAACGCUAAAACAAAUAAGAUCAAUGUCCAGGUCUACAUCCUCUAAGUCACCAGAGGGGGAACCACCGAUGGUUCAUAGGGCCUCUCUAAACCUGGUUCCACCAGCCAUCAAGAGUACACCACUGCAACCGGUAGCUGAACGAUUGAUGAUUCAAAGAACCUCUAGACAUUUUGCUCCAAAACCUGCUGGAUCUUUUGUUCAAGGACCCAAGAUGGUUCAAAGAGCAUCUCAACAUCUGGCUCCACCAGCUGAAGGACCAUCAUGGGCAGAACCAACUCCAGAAUCUCUGUCUCAUUCAGUGGAAAAACAAUCGACGGACCGAGUUAUGGUUCCUCCAAGACAAAUUCCUAAAUGUGUUGAGGUGAAGCCAAAGUCGGCCGCUUCAUUACUUGUCCUAAUGGACAUUGAAUCUGGAGAUGAUGAGUUUGUGGAGCACACAGAGACACAGAUACCUUUCAGAGAGAUUGAGAAGGCUGAUCAUGAGCAGACGCUGGAUGCUGUGGUGAAGCAGAAAGGAAAGUUUGAGAAGGUCCAUCCCAAGGUUCUGGAGCAGUCAAGUGACUCUGGGAAAAAGACAUGUGGAGACUCCAAAGCUGAAGCGUUACAAAAAGAACUGGAUGAGCGACUGACGAGGCUGUUCUGCGUAGACUACAACCAUGGUCCUAAGAAAGAGAACCAACAAUGUUUAAAAGGUCAAGAGAAGCCUAAGACCAAAGGGAAAAUAAGAGCUGGUCCUUUCAGCUGGGCGGAGAAAAAGUUAAAAAGGCUAAAUAAAGAGAAGAAGUCGGAAAAGGAUGGAAAAACACAAAAUGACCUAUUUGAAGAAUUCCUAAAGGAUCCAAAAUCACUGUUUAACAUACAGCCAUAUUUAUAA